UUAAACAAAUAUUUACAAAAAAAUUUAAAAAAUAUAGAGUUGUGGAGAAGAAUAAUUGAAAAAUGGGAAAGAGAACAAGCAUUUCCGGAAGUUUUUGAUGAAAAAGAGAAGCAAAAAUAUUUUGUAAAAUUGGAAAAAAAUAUUAAAAAAUUAAAAGAAAAAUUGGAAAAUAAAAUAAAAGAUAUUUUUAAAAAAUUUUCAAAAGAAUUUUUGGUAAAAAAUUUGUGUGAUAAAGAGAUGAUUAAUUUUUUGGGAAAUUAUGAGGAUAUGAUGACAAAAUUGGAAAUUAAUUAUUACAAAGAAUUGAGAAAACAAAUUAUUGGAAAAGAAGAAGAAAUUAAUUUAGUUAUUAAUUCUCCAAAAUGUGAAAAGAGUAGAGGAGGAUUUUUAUUAUCCGCAUGUACUAGAAAUUCAAUUAACGUUAUUGAACCGAUAGGUAAAAGUAAUACCAACAAUGAAGUUAGUAAUGUUAAAUUAAUUGAAGAAGAAAAAUUGAAAAAUAAAUUUGAAAGAUCAAGUGCCAUUUGUUUCUCACUUAGAAAAUAUUUAUGUGAUGUAAAUUUUAACAGAACACCUAAAUGGGAAAAUGAAGAAGAUUGUGACAGUAAAGCUGAAAAUUGUGAAGAAAUGAAAAGAAUAAAAAAUAAGCACGAAAGAAUAUUUAGAAGAAUUCAAUCAAGAUAUCCACAUGGCUAUAAAGACGAUUUCAAAUUAACGAUUUUCUUUCCAGAAAAAUUUAGAAAACUUUGGAACUUUUUUGGAGUAGAUAUUAAAGAUUUAAUUAUAUCUUUAACAUUUGCUCGAUUAGAAGGUUUUGAUAAUCCUGCAAAAAGUGGAGCUAGCUUUUUUACUUCUUGGGAUAAAAAAUAUUUUUUAAAAAGUGUCAUGUCUGAACCAAAAUGGUAUUCAAAAUUUAAAAAAUUUGAUUUGAUGGAUUUUAUAAAAUUUAUUGGAAAUAAAUUAGAACCUGAAGUUGAGAAAGAUUUCUUCUUUUUUGAUGAAGAAAAUGGAAAGUUUGAAAAAAGUUUUGAAGAAGAAAAUAAACAUUUGUUAAAUUAUCAAAGAACCCCGUCUUUAUAUUUUAAUGAAAAUGAAAGAAAAUUUAGAGGAGGAUUUUUAGAAUAUUUUGAUUUGAUAAGUUCUCUUUAUUCAACAAAAAAAUUAGUUUUUAAAAAUAAAAGAGAAACUCUUUUACCAAAAUUCUUUCUUCUUUUUAGUUUCACCCCAUUAAAUGGGCAAUCGAAAAGUGAAAUUUUCUCAAUUCAAAACGGCCUCUUCCCUGAAGGAACGCCAAAAAUUCAUUUAAUUUUUGACUUAAAGGGAUCUAAAAGAAUAUUACCAACGGAAGAAGGUUUAGAAAAACUUUUAAAAAAUGGGAAAAGUCCAAAUUGGACAGAACUAAAUUUUGUUAAUGAAGAGGGAGGGGAAGAUGGAGGGUUUUUCCCUAAUGGUAUAAAAUUAAACGAAAGUGACUUUGAAAAUUUUAAACAAAUGAUUGAAGAGGAUAGUAAGGUUGGCAUUUAA